AUGCAAGCACUUUGGUUGCUUAAGCUAGACUGGGCGGAACAGUUACCACCACCUCUUGCCAAUGAAUGGAAUGUGCUUAUUAAAACUCUUCAGAGUAUAGAAAAUAUACAAGUACCUCGUUGCAUUUUAAAAGAGACCUUUUCAAUGCUCAUUUUACAGGGAUUUGCGGAUGCCUCCGAGAAGGCAUUUGGGGCAGUGAUAUAUCUUCAAAGCAUUACAAGCCCUGGUGAAUAUUGUAGUAAACUUCUUUGUAGCAAAUCUCGUGUAGCACCAAUCAAGACUAUGACUAUUCCUAGAUUAGAACUAUCAGCAUGUCUACUCCUGUCCAAACUUAUGCAAAAGGUUUUAGAAGCUUUGAAACUCAAAAUUGAUGACGUGGAUGAAGUCAAUGUUAAUGGUGCAAGCUUAGCUCUUCAAGGCACUGUUUGGAAAGCAUCAAACUUCAGGAGUGAAAAUGGCGGAAUAUUGUAA